CCAAUUUCAUUUCACAUAUCCAAACCCAUCACAAUGCAUCGCUCGCUAGUACUCACCGCUUCCCUCCUUGUACUCUCCCUCCUCCGCCUCGCCCCGGCCGCGUCCGCAGCCGCCUGCCACCCGGACGACGAAUCCGGGCUCCUCGGGUUCAAGUCGGGCAUCACGGCCGACCCGUCCGGCAUGCUAGCCUCGUGGAAAAAGGGCUCCGACUGCUGCCAAUGGUUCGGCAUCACCUGCCUGACGGGCCCCCGCGUCACGGCCCUAUCCCUCGUGGGCCGGCCCGGAAACCUCACCACCUCCCUAUCCGGUAAAAUCUCCCCCUCUCUCUCCAAACUCAAAUUCCUAGACAGCAUCUAUCUCCAAGAUCUCAACAACCUCACCGGCCCGUUUCCCGAUUUCAUAUUCACCCUCCCCAAUUUCCUCAUCAUCUACAUCGAAAACAACAAAUUAUCCGGCCCGAUCCCGGCCCGAAUCGGCAAUUUGACCCAAUUAAUCGCAUUCAGCGUCGAAGGAAACCGUUUCUCCGGCCCGAUUCCGAGCUCCCUGGGAAACCUAGGCCAGCUGUCUCAGCUCAAACUCGGCGGAAACCGCCUCUCCGGCGCAAUUCCGGCCACACUCAGCAGGCUGAGCAACCUCACCCUGCUGAGCCUGGACCGGAACCAACUAUCCGGGCCAAUCCCGGAUAUAUUCCCGGGCCUCACCAGCCUCAUAAGCCUAAGCUUCUCCCACAACAAAUUAACCGGGAAAAUUCCCAACAGCCUUUCAAUUUUAGCGCCAAAAUUAAGAUUUCUCGAGCUCGGCCACAACUCGCUAUCCGGAGCUAUCCCGGGCUUUCUCGGAAAGUUUCAGGCCCUUGAUACGCUGGAUCUUUCCUGGAACAAUUAUACCGGGCCUGUCCCCAAAUCUUUUGCAAAUCUCACCAAAAUUUUCAAUCUUGAUCUGUCCCACAACAGAUUAACCGAUCCAUUUCCAGCUAUGAAUGUGAAAGGCAUCGAAUCGUUAGAUUUAUCCCACAAUUUAUUCAAUUUGGGCUCGAUUCCGAAGUGGGUGAUCUCGUCUCCGAUUAUCUACUCUCUGAAGCUGGCGAAAUGCGGGCUCAAGAUAAAGCUAGAUGAUUUUCGGCCCGUGCAGACUUAUUUUUACGACUACAUCGAUUUAUCCGAGAACGAGAUAACCGGAAGCCCGGUUCAGCUGGUGAACCGGACCGAUUAUUUGGUGGGUUUCUAUGCUUCGGGUAAUAAGUUGAGGUUCGAUUUGGGGAGUUUAAGGUUUUCGAAGAGGCUAAGGUACUUGGAUUUGUCGAGAAAUAUGAUUUAUGGGAAAGUGCCUAAGGCCGUCUCGGGUCUGUCCAAGUUGAAUGUUAGUAGUAACCAAUUGUGUGGGGCGUUGCCGCCGAACAAGUUCCCGGCAGCUUCGUUUGCCGGGAAUAAAUGCCUCUGCGGCUCUCCAUUGGCGCCGUGCAAAGCUUAAGAAAUGUGUAGUUGAGUGAGUUAUGACCGAUUAUCUGUGUAUAAUAAGAGUGCAUGAGUUUAUUGUUCAUGUAAUUUUAAUCCCUUGUUCUAUCUUUGUUAUGGAAGAAAUUAACAAAUGUUUUCUA